AUGUUCAUGUAUGUCAAUUCCAUCGAUAAAUCAAUGAAUAUAUAUUAUAUAUAUUGCAUAUACAAUUAUCACAAUCAUUAUAUACAUACUCAAGCACAUAACGCUCUGCCUAUCCAGCACACUGUACUAAGCUGGGAGUACUAUAUUGGACCAAGGAUGGAUAGUGAAUUGUCUUCAGUUGAAUUAGACGAAGAGGUUUAUGAAAAUUCUCCGGAUGUUCUCGACGAUGAAGUUGCCGGAUCAGAACCAGAAGAGGACGAUGAUUACCAAUAUACGCCAGAAUUCGAGGAAGACGAAGAAUCGGCACAGGUAAACGCAACCGGAAGACCCAAGAAAGGACGUUCGAAGCUAGAGGAAGAGGAUGAGGACGUGGAGAACACAGUAAGAGGCUCGGGCCGUAAGAGGGCAACCACUGACGAACUAGACGAGCCAGAUUCAAGCCCCGCGAAAAGAGCACGUCGAAACGGGGCUAUCGAUCUGCGUACCCUGGGAGAGGCCGACGAUGAAGACGAUGAAGACGACGCUGUGGGUGGCAUAGGUGAGGGCAGCGCUAGCAGUAGCGCCACGGAAAAGGCUCGAGAGAUGAAGACGAACAACCGCAACAAAAUGAUGAUGGAGCUGUUGGAUCACUCAUCGCGCAGAAAUUCAAAGCUAUCGGAAAAAGAGCUGCAAUUGCGGCGUGCGGAAAACGCACGGAAGCGUAAAAACCUCAGCGAGAAGCGUCUCGAGGAGGAAAAACAGGACACCAUCAACAAGCUACUGCGAAGACGUGCAGGCAGAACGCGAGGUCCUUCUUCUUCUGCAGACGGGGAGGGGGUGGAUGGUGACGAAGACACAGCGCUCCUGAAGCCCCGAAGAUCCUACAAUUCAAAUGGCAUGACGAGACUCAUCACCAACAAAGAUGGGACUGUUUACGCCACAUAUUGA